AUGAGUCAGUUUCAGUUAUUUCCUCAACCUUCCCCUGUAGGUGGAGGCUCGAAGAACCCCUUUCGCAAAGGCAUCAAGAAACCGGAUGUAAAGUCGCAGUCGUCGAGGCCCAUACCCUUGGAGGACCUCAAAGGCUCGCAAACAGAGGCUGUGCUUCUGGAGAUUAUAGAGGACACAAAUAAGGUUCAGCCACCUCCAAAGGCACAUGUAGCCCGAAAAACACCACAAUGGACACCGGAGACAAAACGUGAACCCGAGUCUGAGUCGCUGUAUGAUGCUACUCCACGGGUCGGAAGCGCAGGAAGAGAACGCUCGCCAACACCGAAGACCAAGCCUUCAUUGCCACGAGUCCAGGUAGGCUCUCAUCAAAAGCCUCCGCAACCCUCUGAGCCUCCAGCGAUUCCUAUGAAAUCAAUAUUCCCUCGUUAUGAUCCAAAAUUCCCGCUUAGCCAACAGCAGUACUACCCUCAAUCCUCGGGCAGUACGCCUCGGACUCGCCACAAUCCUCGAGGGCUGACUCUGACGCCAGAACCGGAAAUUGACCGCGUGCUAGGGCCCAAAACGGUCCCUGCGAGCGUAUUGAACUUUCCUACGGAUGUGCUCGAGCCGCUUGAGGUACACUAUUCCUCUGCAGAGGAGCUCAAGGGACUUUGGGACGUUGCCAAUGGACAAAGGCCGCAAAAUCUUAUGGGGACAUUCAAUCUGCGUAUGCAUAGGACUGAUCAUGCAACAUUCACUUUCGGAGACCCGCAGUCUCCGUUUUACACCAUGCAUACUUUCUCGACGGAUGAGCUGUCUAUCGCAAGAGCACACCCUAUGAAACCUCACAGCAGUGUCUCUGUGAUGAUGCUGAAACUGGAGGAUCGGAAGCGUCGGCUGCCGCCCAACGACGGACUGGUCACCCUGUUGUUCUCCCGACUGGCUGCAAUGCUAGCUAUCAGCGAAGCAGAGGAAGUAGCAAAGCAACAUCACCUUUCAUCAACCGAAGCGAGCAAAGUGGAAGGCAACGCGCUGAAGCGAGCAGCUGCACAAGAGUCCUGCAGGCUUCUCUGGAAUAACGAGAAGCGCCUGUACGAGCUCCAGCACCCUUCGCACUGCAAACAGCCACCGCCUGCUCUCUACGCGGGGAUCCUCCACAUCUCAGUCUCGACUCCAUCAAGCGACUCCCAAUCCCGUCAGCCCCCAACGAUCAUCGUGACGACGCCCCUAUCCCCCAACGCGUUGGAGGCCGCCACCCAGGCGGCCACGCCACGCACCUCUACCCUUCCGUUGACCGACUCGGACGAGCCGCUGGCGUCACUUGACCUUGGUACAAUGACGCUGUCGAUUUCCGCGACGGCAAUCAUUAACACUAUUCCGUCAUUGUACGCCAUUGACUCCCUGGUAGCCGCCAUGCUGGCCGUGGCUGCUUCAGAUGAGACGACCAAUCCUGUCCUGGCGGACAUGGCCUUGUAUGACCCCAAGCAGGAAUCGCAUCACUUUUCUUCACUCUCCAAUCCUGCCGGCGGCGGCGUGUUCACAGGUGAAUUAGUAGCGACACUCGCAGAACGCGAAGACGCCAAGGAGAGCGACCGGCUGAUGGCCAAGAUUAAAUCGUCCACGUUCAAGCCAGGCACUCCCACUGCCAGCAACAGCAAUGACAAGCGGUCCUUCUGGUCAUGGAGACGCCCAAAGCCUGCAAAACCCAAGAGCAAAAGCAAACAGAUCAUGAUCGAGCAGUUCGAUCUAGAAAAGUACGGACGGUACGGGUCUAGUUCUUCCAGGGAAGGACAAAAGCUGCCCGGCCCGACGAGGGGUAUCCUGCGGCUUUUGUUCUUUGGCUUGAAUAUUAUUGUGAAAACGCUUACAGUGUUGGUGAAGGUUGUGGCUUGGUUGUUAGUGAGCAUUACUCGGUGCGUGACGAGUGAGAAGUUUUAG